CCCUCCCCAGGGCGCCGCGGGGGCCAUGGCUGCGGGAUCCCAACUUUAAACACUUCUCCCCGGACCGGAGCGGUGCUGAUGCGCGAGCCCCAGCGAGGCCGGCUCCACCAUGGAUUGUAGCUGCGUCUCCGACCUUCUCUUCGCCCCGCCCGCCCUGCCAGCUCUCUGGACCCCUGGGUUUGCCUUCCCGGAUUGGGCCUACAAGCCGGAGUCGUCCCCUGGCUCCCGGCAGAUCCAGCUGUGGCACUUUAUCCUGGAGCUGCUGCAGAAGGAGGAGUACCAGGGUGUCAUCGCCUGGCAGGGGGACUACGGGGAGUUCGUCAUCAAGGACCCCGACGAGGUGGCUCGGCUCUGGGGCAUCCGCAAGUGCAAGCCCCACAUGAAUUACGACAAGCUGAGCCGGGCCCUGCGCUACUACUACAACAAACGGAUUCUCCACAAGACCAAAGGGAAGAGGUUCACGUACAAGUUCAACUUCAGCAAAGUCGUGCUUGUCAAUUACCCACUGUUGGACGUAGCAGCGGCCACCACCGGCUCCCCACUCUUGCUCACACCUGGUCCCUUUGGGGGUGCCCCUGGGCCAGAUGCUCCUCCCCUCACCCCUGAGACCCUGCAGACCCUGUUCUCAGCCCCACGCCUGGGAGAGCCGGGGGCCCGGGGGCCCCUGUUCACCCCUGAGACAGACAAACUGCGCCUGGACAGCCCUUUCCCGUUCCUGGGCUCUGGUGCCACCAGCUACUCCAAGCCUCCUGGCCUGCUGGGUCCCUACGGCCGCACCUUCCCAGAGUACCCCUGGAACUUUAACCCGUACCUCACUGGCCCCUUUCCCAAGCUGCCCCCCUCCCUCUACCCCCCCCAUUUCUACCCUAAUCCUUUGGCUAGUUCCCUGGGACACCUGUCCUCAGCAGGGGCAGGUGGGGGCCCUGCAGCUGCACCUCUGCUGGCUGCGAGUGGGGAGGGCCUGAGCCCUGAGUGCCCUUCAGGCCUGGCAGCAGCUCCACGCCUGGCAUUGCCGGGGGCUGGGGGUCCGGAGGCCACGCUGGGCGGGAAGGAGGACAGUGACUCGGAGCUGGAGAUCACCGACGUCAGCGGCUGCAGCUCCGACAGUGAGGGUGAUGAGGGUCCCCCCGUGGCCCCGAAGGCCAAGGCCAGCAAAGGGGGGGUUGGCAGCUGAGCCGGUGUGGGGUGAUGGAUUCCGCCGAGGUGGGGACCGGGGCAGCUGCCCAUACAGCCUUGACUGGUCUGCCCUCAGUAUCCCACCCAAGGUGGGGGACCAGCUCUCGACCCCUCCCAGGGCCAGGCACAUGGCUGCCCAUCUUCUUCCCUAACCCCAGGCUGGGGCUUUCAUCUCCCCAUCCAGAGCAAGGAGGGAAUGUGAUGGCCUCCAGCUUCCUUCCCAGGUUCCAGUUUGAGGGGGGGUCCCCACCUGGCCCGACUCCUGAAGUGCAAUACGGCGCCCAGCCUCCCUGCCCACCCCUGUGCUGUGACCUGUGUGUUUGUGCAGCCGUGUGACCCCCGUGCCGUUCUCAGUCCCGACACCUUGACACACAGGCCCCCUGGGGACAGGGAGCUCAGAGCAAUAACCCCGCCCCCAGCCCCCACCCAGGAGGGUCCCCUCCCCACCAGUUCCUCACACCCUCUGAACAGCCACCUCCAGAGAGUUUACUACAAAAAUAAAAGAAUGGA